CGAGCUAAACUUUUUCUCUUCCUCUUUCUCUCUCCACAACUCUUGCGGAGUACGUCUCCAGAAAUCCCCAAAUUUCCCCACUAUUCUCUACAAACCCUAGCUUUUUUUCUUCAAUUUCAGCCCCCAAAUUCGCCAUUUUGCUACUGGAGAUUUCAAUUGACAUCGAUUUUCGACUGAUCGAGCUAGAGUAUUCACCGGCAUUUCUAUUUUCCGACUGUCUCCGCCGUCAUCGGCGCUGUGGAUCGUCGGGAUUUUCUGUAUUCCGGCGGAUUUUGGUUGUUUAGGUACUCAAAUUUCAGAUUUGUUGCUGGAUUGAAAUUUUGUUGUAGCAGAGAGUGAGACUUAGUGAGAGAAGGUGAGCUAUUAGAGAUAGACAAACUAAGGCUCAGAUUCGCCUUCACCGCGUCGUGGUAGAGUUAGCGGAGGCGGCAGUGUAUAAGGCCGGUUGCAGGGAGAACUAGAGAAAGGAGCAGUAAUUUGUGGUGAAUCCGGUGUUAGCUGCGGCAGUCUUUGAAGCACCGGUGUUAGUUGUUGGUGUUUGUUGUUGUUGUGGGUGGUGGUGGUAGUUUAGGGUUAGAAGAGAUAAUGGGGGUGUUUGAUAGCGAGGGAAGGGGCAGUGAGCAUGAAAAUUGUACCGAUUCUGUGCCCAAACAGGUUCAGGUUGGUGGCUCACCAAUGUACAAGGUUGAAAAAAAGCUGGGAAAGGGAGGGUUUGGUCAAGUUUAUGUUGGUCGCCGAGUCUCUGGGCUUGCAAGCGUGAAGAAAGGCCCUGGUGCUGUUGAAGUAGCCUUGAAGUUUGAGCGUAAAAGUAGCAAAGGGUGUAGCAAUGGUCCUCCGUUUGAGUGGCAGGUUUACAAUAAACUGAGUGGAAUUCAGGGUGUACCACGAGUACAUUACAAGGGAUCUCAAGGAGACUACUACAUUAUGGUCAUGGAUAUGCUUGGACCUAGUCUAUUUGAUACUUGGAAAAAUGAGAGCCAACUAGUGUCGAUUGACAUGGCUGCUUGCAUUGCGGUUGAAGCAAUUUCUAUAUUGAAAAACAUACACAGUAAAGGUUAUGUCCAUGGAGACGUGAAGCCUGAAAACUUUCUGAUGGGUCCUCCUGGAACACCUGAUGAGAAGAAGUUAUUCCUUGCAGAUCUCGGUUUAGCAACAAAAUGGCAAGAUUCUAAAGGUGCGCAUGUAGGGUAUGACCAGAAGCCAGAUGCGUUUAGGGGAACAGUUCGAUAUGCUAGUGUCCAUGCUCAUUUAGGGAGAACUAGCAGCAGAAGAGAUGAUCUAGAAUCUCUGGCUUAUACCCUUAUUUUUCUCAUUCGUGGUUGCCUCCCGUGGCAAGGUUAUCAGGGAGACAAUAAAGGUUUUCUUGUUUGCAAGAAGAAAAUGGCAACGUCUCUGGAAUGGCUGUGUACCUCAUGUCCAGAGCCUUUCAAAGAAUUUCUUGAGCAUAUAGUGAAUUUGAAGUUUGACGAGGACCCUGAUUAUGCAAAAUAUAUUUCCCUCUUCGAUGAGAUUGUUGGUCCAAAUCCUGAUGCAAGGCCAGUAAAUAUUGAUGGUGCACAGAAGUGUCAGGUUGGUAAAAAAAGAGGUCGGCUCACUAUAGACAAUGAGGACAAGGAUGAAGAUGAAGAUGGACAGGUAAAAAAGAAAGUCCGGUUGGGGAUGUCUGCAGUUCAAUGGAUCACUGUCUAUGAUGCUCGACGUCCGAUGAAGCAAAGGUAUCACUAUAAUGUUACCGAUACGAGGCUUGACUCACAUAUUGAUAAAGGAAUUGCCGAUUCUAUGUACAUCACUAGUUUGGCAUCUAAUGAUAACCUGUGGUCCCUUAUUAUGGAUGCUGGUAGUGGUUUUACUGCUCAAGUUUAUCAGCACUCUCCGUGUUUCUUCAAAAAGGAAUGGAUAAUGGAGCAGUGGGAGAGAAGUUAUUAUAUUACUGCAGCUGCAGGAACAAGUAAUGGGCACUCGUUGAUUGUUAUGUCAAGAGGAGCUCCAUACUCGCAACAAUCGUAUAAAGUCAGUGACUCAUUUCCAUACAAGUGGAUAAAUAAGAAGUGGAAAGAAGGCUUCUUUGUGACCUCCAUGGCAACAGCUGGAAGUAAAUGGGGAAUCGUAAUGUCUCGUGGCCUCUCUCGUGCUUCACUAUAUUCAAGCCAGGUUGUCGAACUAGAUUUUCUCUACCCCAGUGAAGGUAUUCACAGGAGAUGGGAACAAGGGUACCGUAUCACGGCUUCUGCAGCAACUCCUGACCAGGCUGCUUUUAUUCUUAGUAUUUCUAGACGAAGAAUUAAGGAUGAAAGUCAAGAGACUCUUCGAACAUCCACCUUCCCUUCCACACACGUUAAGGAAAAAUGGGCAAAAAACUUCUAUAUCUCUUCCGUUUGUUAUGGAAGGACAGUUUCCUAAUCCGAGUGAUAAAAACACACUUUAAUAAUUGAUGCUAACUGCCUAACCAGUCUCUUAAAAGAGGAGAAAUUUUGACGGGAUUGUAAUCACGAUCAAGUGAAGUUCAAGAGUAUACUAAUUCUUGUGAAUCGACCCCUGGAAAAAAAGGGUCCUAUUUUGUAUAGGUUUUAGCUAGUUUAUCUGUAAACACUAGUACAUCAUCGAAUUGCAUGUUGAUAAGUUGUCCAUUCUAUUCAAAAGAUGAUAGUAUAUUCAGUAGCAAAUUGCUUGUAUUUUCUUGA